AUGUCAGACACCUAUGCGGACGAUGGAUUACUACACUCCUUGUCAACAAGACUUAACUGCGCAUCACCAUUACCAUCUCGUAGUUCCAUAUACAGAGUCCCAGAAACACUACGAAGGCACAAUGAAAUGGCCCCAAAUCUGGUUUCAAUUGGGCCAUUUCACCAUGGAAGAGCGCGUUUGCAAGCCAUGGAAGGAAUGAAACUAUGGUAUUUGAAAUGCCUUCUUGAUAAACUAACUCCAGGCAAGGAUUUGGCGUACCUUAUCUGUGCAAUUAGAGAGCAAGAAAAUUUCUGUCGUGAUUGCUACGACAGAAAUUUUCUUGCUCUGUCUAGUGAUGAAUUUGUAGAAAUGAUGCUCGUUGAUGGCUGCUUUAUUAUUGAACUUCUCCGCAAAUACAAAAGGUUCUGCUUUUCUUUCGGGGAAGGUGGUGAUGCUAUUUUCAGGACGCCAAGGAUGUUGUCGACAAUUACAAAUGAUUUGUUGCUAGCUGAAAACCAACUCCCUUGGAGGGUUCUUGACUGCUUAUUCAAGGUCACAAGGGUAGAUGAUGAUGAUGAUCAUGGAAUAACAUCUCUACGUCAACUUGCUUGCCUUUUCUUUCAGAACCCCACGUUUGUACGGUCAUUUGAUACUAUAAUGUCUCCAAACCUCAAAGAAGAAUUCGUAAGCAGCCAUUUACUCGAGACUGUAAGAAAUUUUGUGGUUCAAGAUCAACCAUACGGGGAAGUUGGGGAGGAUAUUGAAUAUCGAACUCCGAUUCCUUCCGUGUCAGAGCUUCUAGAAAUUGGAGUCAAAUUUGUGGCUUCCGAUGAUGUUAGUGGUCAGCUCAACAUUACCUUUAGAAAUGGAGUGAUGGAGAUUCCACCAAUAAUAAUUCGAGCGAAUGGAGAAUGUUUCAUCAGAAACCUCAUAGCCUACGAACAAUGUACACAGAAGCCCGAGCAGUGUCACAUGACCUCUUAUGCCAUCCUGUUCAGUCACCUUAUUGAGUAUGUAGAAGAUGUGGACUUUCUGAUUCAGAAAGAAAUUAUAACUACAGAGUUGAGCAAGGUGAGCACAGCCUCUUUCUUCAAAAGGCUUUCCAAUGGCACUGAAGCCACCGGCUUCUUUUACGGUGACCUCGCAAAGGAAGUAAAUGAAUAUAUCAAGCGUCGCUGGCUAAAGACUAGGCUAGUAAGGGUCAAACGGAAUUAUUUAUACAAUCCGUCAUCAUUCUGGUCUGUUUCUAAUGGAGUGGCCGUUAUUCUCAUCCUUACCUUAACGCAGACCAUAUUUACUGUUCUCUCCUACUACAAGUAG